GGCAGCCCCGAGGCGUUAAGGUCCCCUCGGCGCCGGGAUCGCGGCCGGCCGCUGCCAUGGCGGCGGGGCUCUGGGUGCUGUUGCUGCUGCCGCCGCUGACGGCCGCCGUCUAUGAGGACCAAGUGGGCAAGUUCGACUGGAGGCAGCAGUACGUGGGGAAGCUCAAGUUCGCCUCCUUGGAGGCCUCGCAGGGUUCGAAGAAGCUCAUCGUGGCCACCGAGAAGAACGUCGUGGCCGCCCUGAACUCCAGGAGCGGCGAAAUCCUGUGGCGCCAUGUAGACAAGGGAACCCCUGAAGGAGCGAUAGAUGCGAUGCUGAUCCAUGGGCAGGAUGCCAUCACUUUGUCCAAUGCUGGACGUAUUUUGCGUUCCUGGGAGACCAACAUCGGAGGGUUGAACUGGGAGACGUCACUGGACACUGGCAGUUUCCAGGUGGCUAGUUUGGUGGGGCUACAGGAUGUGGUGAAAUAUGUGGCAGUCCUGAAGAAGGCAGCCAUCUCUCUUCACUACCUUUCCAAUGGGCACCAGAAAUGGGUGGAACACUUACCAGAAAGUGAGAGUACUCAGUACCAGUUGUUGUAUUCCCAUGGGACUGGAGUGAUCCACGUGCUUGGAAUUGUUCCCCAGAGCCACUUGAACAUUUUAACAUUCAGUGUAGAAGAUGGAGAAAUGACAAAACAGAUCAGAGUAGCAGCCCCGUGGCUGAAGAGCUUAAACGGUGUGUGCAGUGUGGUGGGGGAGGCAGUGCUGGUGUGCAUGGACAUGGGCACGCAUUCGCUCUAUGUCUGCUCCUUGGAGACAGAGCAGGAGAUGAAGCAGAUCCCGCUGCAGUCGCUUGACCUGGAGUUUGCUGAUGGCUUCCAGCCCAGGAUAUUGGCCACUCAACCCAAUGUAAUCAGUGCUUCACGGACUCAGUUCUUCCUGCAGCUGUCUCCAAGCCACUUCUCUCUGUUGCAGUACAAACAUGGGCUGCUCAGCCACCUUCGGGACUUCCAGCAGGCAGCUCUGGUGAGUUUUGCAACAACUGGGGAGAAAACUGUGGCUGCUGUCCUGACCUGCAGGAGUGAACUGAAACCUGGAGGUUCUGAUGGCCUUCAUGCUGGAAGUACUCUGGAGGAUUCCCAGAAGCAGGAAUCCUUAACCUGUUCCAAUCAAACCUACAAUAUUAAUCUUUACCUGGUUGAAACUGGACAAAGAUUGUUGGAUACCACAAUUACUUUUAACCUGGAGCAGAGCGGCGCCAAGCCACAGCAGCUAUACAUCCAAGUUUUCCUGAAGAAGGAUGACUCUGUGGGCUAUCGAGCCUUGGUGCAAACAGAGGACCACAUGCUAAUGUUCCUCCAGCAGCCAGGAAAAGUUGUAUGGAGUAGAGAGGAAUCAUUAGCAGAAGUGGUAAGCUUGGAGAUGGUGGAUCUACCUCUGACAGGCGCACAGGCUGAGUUGGAGGGAGAAUUUGGAAAGAAAGCAGAUGGUUUGUUGGGGAUGUUUCUGAAGCGGCUGUCCUCCCAACUUAUCCUGCUGCAAGCCUGGACCGCCCAUCUUUGGAAGAUGUUCUAUGAUGCAAGGAAACCCCGGAGCCAGAUUAAAAAUGAGAUUAACAUUGACAAUUUGGCCAGAGAUGAAUUCAACCUCCAGAAGAUGAUGGUGAUGGUCACCGCUUCGGGAAAGCUUUUUGGUAUUGAAAGCAGUUCUGGCACCAUCCUGUGGAAGCAGUAUCUCAGGAAUGUGAGACCAGGCUCCUCCUUUAAGCUGAUGGUCCAAAGAACAACAGCCCAUUUCCCACACCCUCCACAAUGUACCUUGCUUGUUAAGGACAAGGAAACCAAAAUGAGCUUUCUGUAUGUCUUUAACCCCAUCUUUGGGAAGAGAAGUCAAGUAGCUCCCCCUGUUUUGAAGCGUCCAAUACUUCAGACUUUGCUUCUGCCUAUUAUGGAUCAAGACUAUGCCAAAGUACUACUCUUGAUCGAUGAUGAGUACAAGGUUACAGCUUUCCCAGCAACUAAAAAUGUCCUUCGUCAGUUAGAAGAAAUAGCCCAUUCUAUCUUUUUUUAUCUAGUGGAUGCUGAGCAGGGAAAACUCUCUGGAUUCAGGCUGAAAAAGGACCUGACAACGGAGGAGAGUUGGGAGGUGGUUAUACCCACAGAAGUACAGAGAAUAGUGACUGUGAAAGGGAAGAGGUCCAAUGAGCACGUGCACUCCCAGGGCCGUGUGAUGGGAGACCGCAGUGUUCUCUAUAAGUCCUUGAAUCCAAACCUGCUUGCUGUGGUGACAGAGAGCACAGAUACGCAUCAUGAGCGCACUUUCAUUGGAAUAUAUCUGAUUGAUGGAGUCACAGGCAGGAUCAUCCACUCUUCGGUACAGAAGAAAGCAAAGGGACCUGUCCACAUUGUUCAUUCAGAGAACUGGGUGGUGUACCAGUACUGGAACACAAAGGCACGUCGGAACGAGUUCACUGUGCUGGAGCUGUAUGAGGGGACGGAGCAAUACAAUGCUACAGCCUUCAGUUCCCUUGACCGCCCGAUUUUACCUCAGGUCCUCCAGCAAUCUUAUAUCUUCCCAUCUGCUAUCAGUGCCAUGGAGGCCACCAUCACCGAGCGUGGCAUCACCAGCCGUCACUUGCUCAUUGGGCUUCCUUCCGGGGCCAUCCUCUCCCUUCCAAAGGCUCUGCUGGAUCCUCGCCGCCCAGAGAUCCCUACGGAACAAAGCAGAGAAGAGAACUUGAUUCCAUACUCCCCUGAUGUGCAGAUCCAUGCCGAGAGGUUUAUCAACUACAAUCAAACCAUAUCGCGAAUGAGAGGGAUUUAUACGGCUCCCUCUGGCCUCGAGUCUACUUGUUUGGUUGUUGCGUACGGCCUGGACAUCUACCAGACCCGAGUGUACCCAUCGAAGCAGUUUGAUGUCCUAAAAGAUGACUAUGACUACGUGCUGAUAAGCAGCGUCCUCUUCGGGCUGGUUUUUGCUACUAUGAUCACAAAGAGACUUGCUCAGGUGAAGCUGCUGAACCGUGCCUGGCGGUAGGGCUGCGGGCGAACCGAAGGCUGAGGCUGGAGAAGGUGUCUGAGAUUCGGACUGGCUGAAGAUCUGCCGCCCUGCAUUGCUGCUGGGUUCGGUGAGAAAUUCCAGCUCGCGUGACUGAUGGAUGCAAACAUCUGUAUUACAUUUUUGCUGGAAGAGAAUUUGGGAGGAAAAGCUGCUAGCGCAACAAAAUGGUACGCUGCAUGUCUCCCAGCGAGAAGAAAUGGAAGAGAAAUGGAAAAGAGACAUCGGUCUGUUAUGACUAAAAAAGAACUCUCCCAAACCUCCGUUAAAGCCCUAAAAGCUGCCAUCACGUCAUCUCCCCGCUGUUAGUGAAGAUAAUAGUAAGGACGCGUGCCCUCUCGAUCCUCGCCUCUUCCUCAGCCCCAGCCAUGACGAACGUCUUGGCGAGAGGAGGACGGAGGGUUGUCGGCUGCUGUGAUGUGAAUGCUAGACUUUGGUAAUGCGCGAGCUACUGUAUGGGAGGCCUGAGAAGAGGAGGAGCCGUUGGGUCGUUUCAUUAGGAAGAAGGUUAGAAAUUGGGUGGAUGUCGGCGGGAAACGGCCUCGUCGGGUCACUGAGUUACGUUGCAGGGCUGUGGGAGGAAUUUGAAUGCGAAGUCUCUCCAUGUUCUUUAUUUAUUAUGAUGAUAACGUUAGUUCCUUCCCAUUUUUCUUUACAUUUUCCCAUAUUUGGUGUACAACACUGGGGUUAAGGUGUCAGGAGCGAAGAACCUCGCAGCCUUUCCCCUCCGGAUAAUGGCUGUUAACUCUUUGUACGUGGAUUUAAAUUGUCAUGAUCGAAUUUCGCAGCGAGUUGUGCCCCCGUGAGAGGCCGUGUCCUAUCAGCCACCUCCCCAGUGCGCAGAUCGCCUCAAUAAAAGCCGUGUGCUGAGGA